AUGGAUGACGUGAUUGACGCGGCCGAGUCGUCUACAGCUGCGCUCGCACCGUACGUGGCCGAUUUCCUUCAUGCCUACAGCAUGGUGAAGGGUGGGGGAGAGCUGGAUGGCGUCGGCGCUGUUUCGUGCAUUGACGCCACGGAGUCGUCGACGGCUGCGCUCGCGCCGUACAUGGCCGAGUUCUUUCAGGCAUGCAGCAUGGUGAAGAUAGGGGAAAAGCCGGAGGCUACUUCUUGCUCGCCCGUUGCACGGAUUUUUGUCGACAUUUCCAAGGCCAUGCUCGGGAUCGACGCUGAGAACGCACGAAUUGCCUUCCGCUGCUGA